GUUUGUUGUCAUCUCCAUCCAAUGGUGAACCGCUACAUUGUAUCGGCACGGAGUCCUAUUUCGUCCGCAAUUUUGUUUGAUAUUAUUGAUACUCGCUUAACACACCCAGCAAAAACAACUUAUUGGGUUGCAGGAAACCUUAAAAAAAUGUAAAGCGACGGUUGAAGUUUAUUGUUGAAAUAUACAAUCAUGGUGUUGUUAAGUUGUUUGCGAAUGACAAGCAAGAAGGGAGAGUUUAAUUGAUGACUCCUUGGAGGAAAAUGGGUGCGUGCGGAUAGCAUAUAUUUUUUUUUUUUUUUUUUCCUGAAGCAAGUGAAGGGAAUGAAUGUAAAGUUGGGUAGUUAACGCACGAAAGAAAGGAAGCGAGAGGGGAGUCUCCGCUUGGAGCGAGGAGGAAGAGAGGAAAAGGAAGAUGAGGGGAGCAUGACGGCUCGGUCCUUAUGGCUGUUUUCUGACUUUCUGAGGGAGGAGAAUUGAAGCAGAGUGGGUGGGAACACAAUGGAAAUAUUUGCAGAAAGCGUUGCACGAUCUCUGCCAGCAGUCUUCACCAGUCCUCCCAGUCAGGUGAAUUUUCCCAGUCUAAGACACCCGGUACUACAGUCUUGUUAAAUGCUGCAUAGGUGGACUUUAUUACCAGUAGAGUAGCACCUUUCCAGCUUUGAUCUUUGAUUUGUGAUGCCUUUUCCAUGAAGUUUACAGUUGGCCACUGCUCUACUUUGCUGCUGUAAGGUAGAGCAGCCCAACUCUGCCUGGGAAGCAGCUUCAGACCAACACACAGACCACCCUGUGAAGAGUUCUCCUUUUAAUGGAUGCCCGGGUGGCUCUGCCGAUUGUGUGGACAGGUCUUGUCCUUCUGACAGCCGAGCUGAAGUGGAUUGAUGCUGCCGAGAUUUUCACCAACACAUGGGCUGUCCAGAUCAAUGGGGGCCCUGGGGAGGCUGACCGCAUCGCCAGGGAGCAUGGUUUCAUCAACCAAGGCAAUGUUUUUGGAGAUUAUUAUCACUUCAGGCACCAUGCCGUGGAGAAGAGGGCAUUGUCAGGCCACACGGGAAUGCACAUCAGACUGCAAAAAGAACCACAGGUCCUGUGGGCGGAACAGCAAGUGGUGAAAAGAAGAAAGAAGAGGGAUAUCUUUGAAGACCCCACAGACCCAGAUUUUUCCAAGCAGUGGUACCUGUCCAAUCCAACACAUCAAGACUUGAAUACGAAAGCAGCCUGGGCUCAGGGCUACACUGGGAGAGGUGUAGUGGUGACCAUUUUGGAUGAUGGGAUCGAAAAGGACCACCCUGACCUCCACAGCAAUUAUGACCCGGAGGCAAGCUACGAUGUUAAUGAUGGAGAUGCUGACCCCCAGCCGAGAUACACACAGCGAAAUGAGAACAGACAUGGGACUCGUUGUGCAGGCGAAGUCGCAGCAAUAGCCAACAACGGAAUAUGUGGCGUAGGUGUGGCCUUUAACGCAAAAAUUGGAGGAGUUCGUAUGUUGGAUGGGGAAGUGACAGAUCUGGUGGAGGCUCAUUCCCUAAGUCUUAACCCUCAGCACAUCCACAUCUACAGUGCCAGCUGGGGCCCCGAGGAUGAUGGCAAGUCACUGGAUGGCCCUGCCAAACUGGCAAUGGAGGCUUUUCUUCAAGGCAUAACCAAGGGACGCGGUGGACUGGGCUCCAUCUUCGUCUGGGCUUCAGGCAACGGUGGCCGCGAACAGGACAGCUGCAACUGUGACGGCUACACCAACAGCAUUUACACGCUGUCCAUCAGCAGCACCACAGAGUCAGGCAACGUGCCGUGGUACAGUGAACCCUGCUCCUCCACCCUGGCUACGACCUUUAGCUCUGGGAAUCCAGGGGAGAAACAGAUAGUGACCACAGACCUGAGGCAGAAAUGCACCGACUCUCACACGGGGACGUCUGCCUCGGCUCCACUAGCUGCUGGGAUCAUCGCUCUGGCUCUGGAGGCAAACAUGAACCUGACCUGGAGGGACAUGCAGCACCUGGUGGUGAGGACGUCGUUACCCGGGCACCUCAUCGCCGGAGACUGGAAGACCAAUGGAGUGGGACGCAUUGUGAGUCAUUCGUAUGGCUACGGCUUGCUAGAUGCAGGCUCUAUGGUGAGUUUGGCACAGAACUGGACGACAGUGGGACCACAGCACCAAUGCGUUCUGACGAUGCUUACAGAACCAAGGGACAUUGGGAGCAAGCUGGUGUUCAGCAAGAGCGUCGAUGCCUGCUGGGGGCGACCGGAGUACAUCCGAUCUCUGGAGCACGCUCAGGCUCGCCUCACUCUUUCCCAUAACCAGCGAGGAAAAUUGGCCAUUCAUCUCAUCAGCCCACUGGGAACACGUUCCACCCUGCUGUUCCCAAGGCCCAAUGACUAUUCUUCGGAGGGGUUCAACGACUGGGCCUUUAUGACCACCCACUCGUGGGAUGAGAACCCGCAGGGAGAGUGGACCCUAGAGAUAGAAAACGUUGCAUCUAAUGGACGUGACUAUGGCGUGUUGAGUCAGUUCACCCUCACCCUGUGGGGCACGGGACCCAGCGUUGUUAACCCCUCGUCGCCCGACUUCCCUCGACCUUCCAACAACAGCUGCAAGACCUUUGAUGCCCAGCAGAUCUGUAUUGAGUGCAGCCCGGGUUUCUCCCUUUUCCUCCAGGGCUGUGUGAAGUUUUGCCCCCCUGGCUUCACAUCGGGCCCACAGCUGCUCAACCUCUCUCUGGAGAACUGGGUGGACUUGUCCUCUGUUCAGGCCUGCCUGUCUUGCCACCCGUCCUGCCUCACCUGCUCAGGCGCCGGACCUACAGACUGCCUGUCCUGUCCAACACACAGCCACUUAGUCUUCACCUCCUGCCUGCACCAGAACCAGGUCCAGAGGAAAUCCCCCCUUACCGGAGGACUGCAGGGUGAAGAAGAUGAGCCGGAGGUGAAGACACCAGCGGCGGCGGCGGCGGGAGCAAACGUGAACGGCGGAGGAGCUGAAGAGCCGCCAGGACUCAGCGCUGCUCCGCCCUCUCAGCUUCCUGUUGUCGUGGCGGUUCUCAGCUGUGCCUUGAUCCUGGCUGCCUUCGUCGGGGUCUUCUUCUUGCUUCAGGUGCGCUCUGGAGACGCCGCUCUGACCUGGAGGACCAAACUGUCCUCUGUGUUUUCAGACACCAGGAGGACACGGCUGGGCCUCGGCUUGGGCUUCCAGCGGGGGCGGGAGAGGAAGGCUCGGAUAUGCUACAAGGGGAUCCCCACUGUGUGGGCGGACGAGGACACCGUCGCCUGUGAGUCUGAAUCAGACAGCGAGGAAGUGGACGGCCAGAGCGAGAGGACAGCUUUUAUCAAGACGCAGAGCUUGCUGUAGCUGGAGCGGCUUCAGGCGCCGCGGUUUCUCACACCGCGGCGCGGAGGGUGUGAGAUCUGACUGUGCCAGAGGUGAUAACAUGAAGGAGAAACACAGGCCUUACCGUCCCAUCAGCACUACAUCCUAAUGCAUUACCUAUUUAUUUGCCUUUUAAUAAUACAACUGAUUUCACUGAUCGCUUAUGUUAUCUGUUUUAUCCAUUAUGUCCUUAACUCUGUCACCAAUACAGUGUGUUGCAAAAGUAAAA